GGGAGGGGUAAUGUGGUAACACUCUCCCAGGAUCAUUUUGUUCUUCUUCUUCUGGCCUGUUGGCAGGGAAAGACCAGAUGGCAGGCUGAAAUCCAGCGAAGCUUGUAGCUGUGGUAUCUGGUGAAGUCACCUCCAGUGAAUCAGAGGCUUUAAUCCUUCUUCAGGUAAUCAUCUUUGUUUCUCAUUCCCAUCAUGACAGAGGACUAUCUCCAAGUCUGAGGUGAGACCAACUGGAAACAUCUGAAAGCUUCCCAUCACAGUGCUGUAGUCAAAGUAUCCUGUUCUAUCAAGACUCUUACAAGCCAAUCAGUUGUUUACCAGCCGAUCAUUUGUCAGUCAGUCAUGGAUCCAUCAGGCAAGAACCAAUCAGGUAUGACUCAGUCAGGUUUAAGCCAACCAGUUAUGAGCCCACCAGGCCCAGGCCCAUACAACAUGCAACAACCAGGGCCAAGCCAACCAUACACGAGCCAGCCAAGCAUGAACCAACCAAGCACGAACAAACCAGGUGUGACAAGACCAGUCUCAUGCCAACUAGAUAUAAACCAACCAGGCCUGGGCCAAUCAAAUAUAAAACAAUCAUGGACAAGCACAAACCAACCAGGCAUAUACAAAACAGACCUGAGCCAACAAAGUAUGAGAGAGUCAGACCCAAGACAAGUGGGUAUGAAACAAUUAAAUUCAAGUCAACCAGCAGCCAUGAACCAAACAGGUCUAUGGCAACCAGGCCCACCUACUCCCAAUAUGAAACAAAUAAACACAUGGCAAUGGGACCCAGAGUAUUCAGGCAGGGGACCACCAGACAUGUGGCAAAUAACCCAAAAUAAUCAGGGAACAAAGCAAUCAGAUACAGUGCAACAAGACCCAAGCUAUGCAGGACAGAAACAACCAGACACAUGGAAACAGGAUCCAGGAAUGAAAGAAACAGAUUUAUGGCAAUGGGGGCCAAGCCCCCCAAGUAUGAGACAAACAGAUGCAUGGCAAUGGGACCCAGACCACCCAGGCAGCAAACAAUCAAAUUCAUGGCAACCACAACUAAAUCCCUCAUCUCCCAGACAAUUCAACUUGAGACAAGCAAGUCCCACUGAUCAAGGUAUGAAGCAAUCUGAUAUGUGUCAACCAGGCCCUAGUCAACAAGGCAACAGACAAUCAAGCACAGGGCAACAGAGCCCUGGCCAACAAUGUACAAGACAUUCAGUCACAUGGCAAGCAGGUCCUAGCGAAGAAGGAAAGAAACUGUCAGGUGCGUGGCAAGUGGGCCUCAAUCAUUCAGGUAUGGAGCAGUUUAACACAUGUCAAACAGGCUUCAGCCAACCGUACAACAUGUGUCAAUUAGGACCCAGCCAAUCAAGCAUGAAAGAAUUGGACAUGUGGCAAUCAGGCAGCAGCCAACCAGACAUGAAAGAUCUGGAUGUAUGGCAAUCAGGCACCAGCCAACCAGGCAUGAAACAGAUGGAUCCAUGGCAAUGGAAUCCCAACUACCUAGUCAAGACACAAUCAGACAAAUGGCCACCAGGCCCCAGCCCUCUGGAUAUAAGACAAUUGGAUUCAUGGCAACCAGGUCAAUCUGGCAUGAAAUAUUCAGACUCAGGGCCAUGGGAUCCAAGCCGGCCAGGUAUGAUACACUCAGAUUUAUGGCACCCAAGUCUCAGCCAAUUAGGCACAAGACAAUUUGAUACAUGGCCACAAAAUUACAACAUGCCUGGUGUAAGACAAUUAUACACAUGGCAUCCAACGCCAAGUUACUCAAGCACAAGACAAUCAGAAAAAUGGCAAAUCUACCCUGGCAACACAAACAUGAAACAAUCAGAUAAUUGGGAAACAGUGCCAAGGCAAUCAGGAACCACUCAAUUAGGGACAAAUCAAUUAGAUACAAACCAACCUGAUGGCACCAAAUCAAACCAAGGAGUAAAGACACACUCAGUUAAAUCUGAACCAAGUCCAAGCAAACCAGAGUUGACAGGUAGUUCAUUAGACACUAGCCAAUCAGACUUAAGUCAACUAGGCAUAAGCCAACCCGGUAAAAGUCAAUUAGAGCCAGGUGAAUCAAGCAUGAGUGAAUUAAGUGAACGUCAACAAGGAGUGACACAAUCAGUCCGGAAAAAAGAUUCUUGUGCUUUCUACAUAAGACCUGCUGAGCCUCAAGACUGCCCAGAUAUCCUGAGACUGAUUAAAGAACUGGCUACCUAUGAAGGCACGCAAGAAAAGGUGUCAUUAACAGAACUGGAUUUAUUCAAGGAUGGUUUUGGGGAAAAACCACUUUUCUACUGCCUGGUUGCUGAAGCGCCCAGUAAACAAGCAGAAUCAGGAGUAAAAAUUAUUGGAUUUGCCAUGUACUACUUCACUUACGACCCACGGAUUGGCAAACUGCUUCACCUGGAGGAUUUUUAUAUCACUGAAGAUUAUCAAGAUAGCCAUAAACACCGGAUGUAGUGGCAUGCAGUUUCUUGUCAUCAUUUGGAAUCAGGAUUCUGUUGAGUAUUACACUCGCCUAGGGGCUUUAGACCUUUCCUGCGAGGAAGGCUGGCAUUUGUUCAGAUUUAACAUGGAAGAUCUCCUGGAACUUGCCGAGGAAGAAUGAAAAUGAAGACUAACAAACAACAGCAACAACAAAAACAGUAACAAUUCAUCCUAACGUAGGCAUCAACAUUUGAACGUCACCUGAGAAACAGCACUUUGAUAUCAAAUGUUGUAAAAUAAAGCAAGUGAACAUAA